ACAAUCUGCUGCAGGGAUUCUGUCCACUGUUGAGAAAUAACAAAAACUCCCGCUUUUUUGUUUUCAGCUUCAAACUUCAGCCUAUAAAAGCUCAGAAGACUUUCAUUUGGGUUAAACGUUAAGAUCUGAAGAUGAGGCGUGUCGUGGUUUUACUGGCUGUGUUGUGGGCGACUGACGCUGUGAGGUUCGGUCAGCUCUGCAGUGGAAACCAGGACAACAGGAGGAGGACAUCAGACUCUUGGGGACAAGGACACUAUGGAGCCCGUCGAGGGGGCAGAACCCACCAGGGUCUGGACAUCGUGUGCAGUGAUGGGUCCACUGUCUACGCUCCUUUUGAUGUGACUCUGAAUGGAAAAGUGACUGUCUACAAUGACAAGAGCAAAGCGGCCAUCAACCAGGGCAUCAGCAUGACAGGAGAGGGUCUCUGCUUCAAGCUGUUCUAUGUGAGGCCGGAUCAAACCUCUGGCUCUGUGAAGAAGGGGGAGCGUAUUGGAACUAUGCUUCCAAUGCAGAGUGUUUACAGUGGAAUCACUUCACAUGUCCACGUCCAGAUGUGUGACAAGAGUGACCCCACACAGUACUUCUGAGCUGAUCCUGGUGGGCUGCAUCUACUCUCAGACAACCUACACCUUACCCACUCACUGGGAUCGUCUGAUCCACCCACUGAGAAUUUGCCCCACCCACAGAGGACCCAAUCCACCCACUGAGAGUCUGAUCCAAGACUCGGCCCAGUCUGAAGGACUUGGGCGUGUGAUUUAUAUGAAUCAGUGUGGCCCAACAAAUUACAGACUCUAAAUUCUCUCCUGUAGCUGUUUGGUGUUUUUAUUCACAAAAUUGUCAAAUGUGUUUUUGUGUUUGUUGUUGACACAGGUUUGAUGGGGUUGUUGCAUUUCAAAAAGGUGAUAGUUCAGUUCCAAGUUUAGGAAAUAAAAAUGUAGACCCAACUUCAUAAAUAAAUAAGAAAACUUUGAUCAGAAACACAUAAACAAAUAUGUCUCUAAAACUAUAUUUGUUUAAAUUGCUUUCCAAAUGUAAAAAUGAUCUCAACAUGAACGCUUAUUAAAGAAAUUAUUUUAAUUCUCACAAAAACACACUAUGUGUCACGUUGCAGGUUAGGAGGAGGUUAGGACCCAAGAUGCAGACAACACCAGAUGACACGAGGCAGGAGCGGUUUAAAAGUAAAAUCCUUUUAUUAGGAUGACAAACCAAAAAUCCAAAAGGGCAGGAAGCAAAAAACCAAAGUCCUGAGUACCAGGAGAACAAAAGCUCACAUAGAGCACAAACCAAGCGACGAGGCACAAAAGCUCACAUAGAGCACAAGACAACGCUGACACAAAACAAUGGACCGACAAGGCAAUGAGACACAGAGAGGGCAUAAUGGGAGGCAGAUGAGCUGCAGGUGUGUGGGGAGAGGACCAGGCGAAAGCAUUAACUAAUCAGGGAGGAAACUAACAUGACCUGAGAGUAAAACCUAAAAACAAGAAAAGCAACCACAUAACUAUUAUUCUAAAGGGAAGGAAAACUACAAAGACCGGUGGGAAAAAACAUAUAAAGAGACUAAUAAAAUGAAAAGCUGAAACUAUAAAAACUGCAGAGGGGUGACUGGGGAAGACUAAAGGAACACAGGACCUGAGAGAGAUAUCUCUGGAGGGCUGAAGACCAGGGGACACAUGAGGAACACAAAGAGACACAUGAGCGGGAUUCUUAGGGGGGAAUGGGGCACACAAGGAGACACAUGAGGGAGGCGCAGACACAGACCAUGACACUAGGAGUGCAAAAGAAGUGCCUGAAAUGUGCUCAUUCAAGUGUACAAAACAUCAGUCAAUCAAUAGACUUAAAAAGGAAAAAUGGUGUGAAUCAAUUUUCAAAGUACAACAGAAUUUGAUUAUUAAAGCUCACAUUUGCUCAU